AUGGCCCGGGUUGCUUCUCGCCGUGCGGUCAAGCCUGCCGUGAAGCCUGCCGCAUCAAACUCGAUCACCAACUACACUCGGCUUUCCAAGGGUCAAGCCCUUGCCAUCGACAAGCUUGACAAGAAGGUGCUCGCCGUGUGCCUUCCCAACUUCAAGCCUUCUCCCGUCGUCACAGUCACCUCGAUCCACAACUCCAGCGACGAGGAGAACAGCAAGACUACCGCAUCCAGACCUUCCUCAGGGCUCGGUGAAUUCAAGUCGACACCCAGCAAGAAGAGAAAGGCAACGGCCGAGGACGAGACUUCGAUCGUGCCCGCUCUUACCACAACGUCCAAACGUCAACGUAUCAAAUCUGAUGGACCCAAAGGCGAUCUCCCUUCCGCGCCUGCCUGUCAGACGAACCGGUUGACGCAGACCACAAUCACAAACUGCUUCGCAAACACGACGUCCACCAGCACGCUUCGCAAGACGCCCAAGUCGACUCUCAUUUCGAAUGCCAAGGAUGACGGACGCGCUGCAGCUCGCAAAGUCAAGGGCUCGAAAAAGCCCAAGACUACUGCGCCUCCAUCAAAGAAUGCGAAGGACAGUGUCCAACAGGCGCGUCUGCCCGCCGAGCUCGCUGAAUUGCUAUCCCUGCAACGGGUUAUUCUCAAGACGGUGACCCUGCAGAUCACGCAUCAGAAGAGCAACACGCCAAUCGACAUCAAGGCCAUCACGCCAGACGUGUCUCGCACGUGGGGUAAGCGCAAUGUCACCAUUGACGACAUUCAACGCUGCGUUGCCAUUCAGGACCUGAAGAAGGACGCCCACAACGCGACCGCUUCGCCAUUCAUCAUCACCGAUUACGGACGCGGCAAGCUCUGUCUCGAGAUUGACACGGAGCGGGGAACCGGCCGCAUCGACGAGGACAGCCUCUGCAAGCAGUUUGAGGAGAAUCUACACGCCCUGUGUGCCGAGCGCGCGACAGAUGAGAUGUCCGAUCUCGACAUCUCCUUUGAAAGCCUUUCUUUCAACGACCUCCCCAAGGCAGACAUCACCAUGCGUCACCACCUCUCGGCCAUGAAGCAGAACCCCCUGCUAGCCAAGGGCCAGCGCGCAUUGACGGAGCUCAAGCACGGCUUCGUCGUGAAGCAGCAGGAGAAGGAGGCCAAGGCGCAAGCCGCCAAGGAACCCAUGACCAACACCGACGGCAGCAAAAUGAGCCUGCUCGACCGACUUCGUGCGAAGGAAAUCGCGGCCGCGCAGCUCGGCGCGCCUUCGGGGCCUGAGAUUACGAGAAAGCGGGCUUUGCAGCAUGUGUCUGACGUGUCUGCCAUCAUUGGCAUGUUGGUCAACUCUUCCAACCCUGGCAAGGCACCCGUCAAGUCUUUCCCCAUGAGUGUGCUUCAGCAGAAGCUGAAGGAGUCGUUGAGGGUGCCGAUGCCCGUUGAGGAGGGCGUGUGCACCGUGAAGCUGAUCGCGAACGAGGUGGCGCCCGAGUGGCUGCGGGUAUUGCCCAUCGGGAGCAAGGAACAUGUUGUGGUUCAGACGAGGUGCAAGCCAUGCGAGGCUGAGAUUUCUGCGAGGGUGGGCAGGCUGUGCUGA